AUGCCCGACAACCCGCCACCCACCUCGCUAUCCAAAGACCCGCCAACGACAGACUCGAGUGAGGUCGAUUUCGCCGGUCUUUCCGAUGACUUUACUCACGAUUCGGCAUCUGCCCUCGCCCCCGGCGGUGCCCUCGCGCUGAACUCGCGCGACACGAUUGUCUUUUAUGUCCAGAGCAUCGCGGCGAGCUUUCUGCAGUGGGUGCUGCCGCCACUCAACACUUACCUCUUCUCCGCCUAUUUGCACGCACCCGCGCACAUCGUCGCCCAGUUCACGUGGCUCCAGUGGAUGGCGUGGGUGCCACGUAUUCUCUUUGCGGUGUGCUCUGACUACGUCACGCUCUUCGGCUACCGGCGCAAGCUGUGGCUCGUGCUCGGCUGGGUCAUGACCGUUGCCAGUGUUGCGGCCAUGGCCUUUUCGUCCGUCGGCGCGCCCUACUGCGACCCCCAAGUGUACCCGACCUGCUGGAACCCCAAGGCCAACACGACACGAGCCGCCUACAACUUUGACGCGCCCAACCGAGCCGCGUGGUACCGAACACCUACGUUUUUUGUGCACCUCGGUGUCGCGAUGGUGCAGGCGUCGCUCGACGGCGUCAUGGUCGAGUACUGCCACCGCGAGCCGCUGGCGCUCCGGGGCCGGCUGCAGGCGUUCACCUACUUUAUCUCGGGCCUCGGCAUUCUGUACGCCCGCUUCUUUGGCCUCUUUGGAUUGAACGCGCCGCGGUACGGCGGCACGUACGACUUUUCGGCCGGCCCCGCGGUCGCCUACAUGAUUGGCUUCGGCUUGAGCUUUGUCUCGCUCGUCUUGGCCAUCUGCUGCUUUCGCGACACCCACAACCACAUCAAAUCGCUGGCCGACUGGACGACCGGGCUCUGGCGCCUCCUGCAGAACCGUGCUGUGUACCAGCUCGUGGUGUUCCGCAUCUGCUACUCGCUCUUCCAGAGCCCCUUGGGCACGCCAAUCAUUUCGUGGGUGACGGACAUCAGCAUUGGCUGGUCCAACGUCAUGGGUCGCAUUCUCUACGUACCGACGCUGAUUCAGAUCAUGCGCCGGGGGCUGCAGUGGAACUGGCGCAAGUGCGUCGGUAUCGCGUCCGUCUUUAGCAUCGUGCUCACGGCCCUCGCAACUUUUUUUGUCAUCUAUGACGUCUGCCGCAACCAGUACUUUUACCUCGUCAUCUUGGCGCUGAGUGCGAUUGCGUUGGCGUUCAUGACGCUCAUGCCCGGCUGGGUCAUGGUUGAGGUGGCCGGCGUCGGCCACGAAGCCACGAUCGCAGCGCUCUACGGCGCCAUGAGCAACCUCAUGCUGCCUGUCGCCGCGCGCUGGCGCAUCAUCAUGAACGACGCCUUCCCCGCCAACACCGCGCUCCUCAACGAUGCGCAUACGCGCGACCAAGUCAUGUACUCGCACGUCAUUAGCUUUUCCCUCCAGCUCGUCGGCGUUCUCUUUGUGGUCUUCCUCCCGACGCACCGGCUUCCGACGCUGCAGUUGCUUGCGCGCAAUGAUCGCUCGCCCAUCGCAGGCGUCCUCGUCGUUCUCGCCUACCUUGUGCUGAUCGUCUUUGCGCUGCAGCAGAGUCUCUACAACUACUAA